GAAAAGCCCGGGUUAUAGGAGCGUGGAGGAAAAUGAGGGCAGACAUCAGAGCCAGUAAGGUGGAUUUUGUCCAAUGAACUCACCAGAUAACUAAUGUGGAGGAGCCCGCUGCUGAGGGGCACCACCUGUCUCUUGCAGGUGGCAGCCCCGAGGUUUCUCCACCAAAGACACAUCCCAUCCCUCUGUGUGAGACCUCUCACUCAGGGGCUCCUGCACAGGCCUCCCUGUGGUUUGGAGCUUCGGGGUACCGGCUACUUCCUGGCACACAGUGGGACCAGGGCUUUUAAGAAAGAUGCAAAGUCUACUGUGGAGUUCCCUGUGAGCCCCGUCACAGUCACAGACAUCAAACAGUACCUGCGCUCCAAAGACAUUCCCUUCCACGAUGGCUACAGCUGCCUCCACACUCCGAGCAUCUUCGUGGAAGCGUCCGCCAGGAGGGACAGCUGCUCCCUGUUCGUCGACAAAACCACCGGACAGUUUCUGUGCAAGGACACGCUGGUGGAAGGGAGCUGGGAGGAUCUCCAGGACUGCCUGGAGGUGAUGCAGAAGGAGGAGCAGGACUUCCUCAGCCCCCGUGUGCUGCUGGGAUACCCGGAGAGUUUGGAGGAGCAGGAUGAGAUGGAGAGGGAGCUGAGGGAGGUGCAGAGGAUCUGGUCCAGCUCCGUGCCCUUCUCUGACCUUCCCGAGGACGAGGCUCUGCUGGUUAAGACCAUGUUCCAGAUCACAAAGGUCUCAAAUGCAACACUCAAGAGGUUUGGCGUGCGGCUCUUCAAACCUACCAAGAGUCUGGUUUUCCCCUGGUUUGGUGGACCCGACUCCUCCCUAAAGGGGGUGAAGCUGCUCUCCGCCCAAAGCACAGACACUGACAGAGUUAUCUACAAUGAAGCUACAGUCCCAAAGUCUAAUUCGUACUACAGCCUGUUUGGCCUCCCCCUGGUGGGCCGUAUGGACACGGAGGUGGUGCUGACCGGACACGAACUGGACACUCUGGCUGUGAGCCAGGCCACGGGACUCCCCAGCGUGGCUCUCCCACGCGGGGUCAGCUGCCUCCCGCCGAUCCUGCUGCCUUACCUGGAACAGUUCAAGCGGGUGACGCUGUGGCUGGGAGACGACAUUCGCUCCUGGGAGGCGUCGAAGAUCUUCUCGCGCAAGCUGGGUCUGAGGCGCUGCUCGCUGGUGCGGCCCGGGGAGUACCGGCCGUGUCCCGUAGAGGCGCUGGCCCAGGGGAAGAACUUCAGCCACAUCAUCAAAUCCUCCAUCCCAGCGGCCCACAAGUCCAUCGUUUCCUUCAAGCAGCUCAGAGAGGACGUGUACGGGGAGCUGGUGAACACGGAGCAGGUGGCCGGAGUGAAGUGGGGGAGGUUUCCAGAGCUCAACAGGAUCCUGAAGGGACACCGCAAGGGGGAGCUGACGGUUUUCACAGGUCCUACCGGCAGUGGGAAGACCACCUUUAUCAGUGAGGUUGCCCUGGACCUCUGCAUGCAGGGCGUCAACACGUUGUGGGGCAGCUUCGAGAUCAACAACGUGCGCCUGGCGAAGAUCAUGCUGACGCAGUUUGCCAUGCAGAGGCUGGAGGAGAACCUGGAGCAGUACGACUUCUGGGCAGACAAGUUCGAAGAGCUGGCGCUCUACUUCAUGACCUUCCACGGGCAGCAGAACAUCAAGACGGUGCUGGACACAAUGCAGCAUGCUGUCUACCUUUACGACAUCAACCACGUGAUCAUCGACAACCUGCAGUUCAUGAUGGGGCAAGAAAACCUCUCAGUCGACAAGUUUGCGGUCCAGGACCACAUUAUCGGAGCGUUCAGGAAGUUUGCCACCAACAGCAGCUGCCAUGUCACUCUGGUCAUUCACCCCCGGAAAGAGGAGGAUGACCGAGAGCUGCAAACCGCCUCCAUCUUUGGUUCAGCAAAGGCCAGCCAAGAAGCCGACAACGUCCUGAUUCUGCAGGAGAAGAAGCUGGUAACGUGUGCCGGCCGCAGGUCCCUGCAGGUCACCAAGAACCGCUUCGACGGAGACGUGGGCAUCUUCCCUCUGGAUUUCAUCAAGUCUUCGCUCACGUUCGCUGCUCCCAUCAAAGGCAAGCACAAGCUGAGGAAGGUCCCCACCAAGCCGGAGAACGAGGAGGACGAGGGCAGCGAGGUGGUGGUGAAGAAGGAAGAAGUUAAAAAAGAGAAAGCGGCCAAAACAAAGACGCCACGAAAUAUUAAGAAAGGAAGUGAAAGCAUGGAGAAGUAACUAUAAUAUAGUGCAAUUCAUGGGCACGAUGGAUCACAUUUACAUUUACAUGUUAGACAGUUUUAUGUCCGUAAAAGGUUCAUCUGAGCUGAACAUUUAGUACGUUGGAGCGAUGCCAAAUGAUGUAAUUCACAAUGAAACAAAUGAAUUUGAGGUUACUGAAGGUUUAUUUCAUUAUGGAAUGAAGUACGGAUGUGUCAACCAGAAUGAUGGUUUAAGUGUUGGUACAUAUUAAGCUUUUCUAUGCAGGUACUUCUGAAUAUUAUUACUGUAAUUAUUACAAAUACUGCUAAACUCGUUCUACGUUUUCACAAGAAAAAUACUGUGACACCAAGUUGUUGAGUAUUUCAUGUUAAAACACUAGCUCACAUUGCCGUAGCGUGCUCUCUACUGACGUUUUGUACAAAGAUGAUUUAUUAAAUGAGCUGCUUUUUUAAAAAAAAAUA